UCAGAUAAUAAUAAUAGUGUUUUUACAGUCUGAUGCAUUCUGUUGCUAAAGAUCCCGAACCUAAGUUUGAACUUGUCCGUCAUUUGCGUUACAAAAUAUCUGAUACUGCAACUUGCAAUCUCCCAGAAGUUUCUACAAUAACAGUAGACCUUGACGUGAAUCAGUUGAACUCCAGCGACUCUUUGAAUACAGGUGAUAAAACUCGAUUUAAACCAUGUGCUGACUCAACUAGUGAUAACACCGUAAAUCGCACGCUAAUUACAAAGGCAAAUUCUUCUGAGAUUAAAAGACGAUCUCCGAGUGUCGAACUAGGCAAAUCCAACAUGUCGAGCCCUGCAGCUGCUGAGCAACUAAACCGACUAUUUGAUGACAUCAGAAGGUGUCGAGAGGGAGCUUCUGAAAAUGAAAGACGAGACUCGUACAUCGAUUCGUCCACCUGCAAGGAGCACGGGUAUACACGACGCAAGGGAAGCCUAUUCGAUGAUCGUCGAGGUAGCAGUCCUGGCUACCCCUCGCGCAAGCCCAGCAAUGGAGGUAGCAGUGACCGUCGGGGGAGCAUGGGUGAGAGGUUCCUGGUCGGGGAAAAACGGUUUAUCCUCAACGGAGGUGGGGUUGAAAGGCGUCGAAGCAGCGUGCUCAGCAAUAACGGGAGAGCAGCUUUCGAUGAGCGAAGAGCGAGUUCUGGUAGUUACUUUAGUGAUCGCAAGUUCUCAAAUAGCAGUUCCAUCGACGGAGGACUGGCCUCUGAACGACGAUCUACGUCUGUCACUCAGCUUUCAGAUUUGAACCCCAAAAUACGGUCAUCUGUUUCACCGACUCCCGGUGUUCCGUUCAGUGUCACGGAUGUAACAGGAAAUCGAAAAUCGAGCUCGGCUACUGCUGAUCUCCGUCGCGCGAGCCUCAACAACAUCUUGAACUCAGAACGACGGUUCAGCCAGUCUCCUUCUCAAUCACCGUCGUCGUCACGUCGCAACAGCGCUGUAAACGACCGAAAAGGAAGCACUUCAGGAUUGUAUGGGUCUCUUGACCGCAGGAACAGCACCAAUGGAUCAUCCGCUCUUGGGUCCAGUCGUACACAAAAUGGAACUUCUCGUAUUUCACCUCGCCGGGAUUUCUUGUCACCGCCUAAACUUUCGGCGGAUUCUAGCAAUGGCGUGGUUCUUCGGAGGGCUUCGACCGAUUCUGAUACCCCAAGGAAUCGUAAUUCUAUAGGAUUCCAGAGAGACUCGUUAGAUGUCGACUGUCUGCCAGGAGUUAAUCGCCUCUCGCUGUACGACUCGAGCAUCUUGGAAGAAGAUGAGCUGUCGAGUUCUCCAGGAAAGUCAGCAAGCUCGUCUCCUGUGCGACGGGAUUCUGCUCAAGACGAUCGUAGGUCCCCGGUGCGUAGAGGCUCAAUGGAAGGCAGUUCUACUCUACCUCGUACUUCCAAAUCUCCAGUUCGCUCGAAUGUUACGCGCACUACGCCUCCCAGAACAAUCCCUCCUCGACCUUCUCCAUCCCGCGGAUGCCCGUCCAACUUCAAUGUGGUCAAGUACAAUGACCAACUCACUUCGUCCUUCCUGGCGCCAGGUCGCGACAAAAGGACCUCGCCAUCUCGUGAGUUUUCUUCUGUGUCUCGCGCUUCUCCUCCGCGCUCGGAGCGUCCGCCUUUAGCCAAAAGAAAUUCUACUUCGAUCAUCUCCCGGAAGAGUUCCAGCGAGGCACCUGGUCCUCUGGACAACCUGUUCUAUAGACGCUUCAGUAAGAGCAUGUCUCCGCCGCCUGAAUUUUUUUCUUCUAACGAGGGCAAGGAAGACCCCGGCAACAAGCCGCGGUUCAUGGCCGUGACGCGGCUGGAGGACGCGCAGGCGGUGCGCUGUGCAGAGUUCCACCCCUCAGGUCUGUGGUACGCCGUGGGCAGCAACAGCAAGACUCUACGCGUGUGUCAGUACCCACCUGAUGGUGGUGCUUCUACACUCGCAAACAGCCGCGGAAGCGACUCGAGCUUCCAGCCGACAGUGACGCUGAAGCGCACGAAGCAUCACAAAGGCUCCAUAUACUGCAUGGCCUGGAGCCCUCAUGGCGACCUCCUAGCCACCGCCUCCAACGACAAGACUGUCAAGCUCCUGCCCUUUGAUGCGGACUCCUGCUCUGUGCAUGGCCAAGAGACGGAGCUGACGAUGCACGACGGCACAGUGCGGGACUUGUGCUUCGUGGAGGACAGCGGCAGCAAGAGCUCCCUGCUCAUCUCGGGCGGUGCGGGAGACUGCAAGAUAUACGUCACCGACACGGCCACCGGCACACCCUUCCAGGCGCUGUCUGGGCACACGGGUGAGGCCAGGCGCUGUCCAGGCAGUCCAGGCACACGGGCGCUGUCCAGGCACACGGGUGAGGCGCAUNACCUGCGCACCCGCGGCUGCGUCAACGUCAUCACGCCCUCCGCCACGCCUACCAAACCCGGUUCGCCUGUGGCGUCAGUGAGCGUUGACCCGAGUGGUCGGCUGCUGGUGUCGGGGCAUGAGGACUCACUUUGCUGUCUGUACGACAUCCGCGGCUCCCGCGUCAUCCAGACCUUCAGGCCGCACGCGGCUGACGUACGAAGCAUCCGGUUCAGCCCCUCCGCCUACUACCUCCUCAGUGCAGGCUACGACAACAAGCUCGUUCUCACUGACCUACAGGGUGACCUGACCCAGCCACUGCCAUCUGUUGUGGUGGCAGAACACGACGACAAAGUCAUCUCUGGUCGCUGGCACCCCACGCAGUUCUCCUUCAUAUCGACAUCAGCUGACAAAACCUGCACCCUCUGGGCACUGCCCCCCGUCUAAAUAGGCCAAGCACGCUCGUCUAAUUGGUCUAGGCAGCCAUUGUGUCGGUUUAACCAAGAAUUUCACGACCGAGAUGAAUGGUCAUCUUCACUUUUAAGACACAAUUUUUGUGGCUGCUAAAAUUUACGCGUUAAAUUUGUCAAGACAACUUGCGCGUUCUCCUCCCGUAUUGGUGCACGCUCUUCAUUUUAUUGGCUUGCUAAUACCUCAGUAAAUCAUUUUUACUUUUAAGGCACAAUUUUUGUGGCUGCUAAAAUUUGCGCGUUAAAUUUGUCAAGGCUACUUGCGAGUUAUCCUCCCGUUGUGCGCACGCUGUUCAUUUUUUGGCUGUCUAACACCUCGGUAAAUGUUUUGGGCGUAGCGACCCCAGGCCGCGCGGAAGCGCUACCCGUCUCUUUCUGCUGAAACGUUUUGCACAAGCUAGACUCACCGGCUAUUUAGACCACCAUAUUGCAGAGAAAAAACAAUUAUCGCUUUAAGCGCUCAGCACAAUAAUUAAAUUCUGCAAGGUACUGAUUUCUCUGCCCAAUUAAUCUAUUUUAUCCCGUUUUUACCUCCCACUUAUUUGCUUUUCCAUGCACGCUAAAAUAUAUGCUCCUACAAGCUUAUGUGAUGCAUACACUGAACAAGUAACCUGAAACUCAAACAUAAGUCACAAUAUCAGCGUCACAACUGACUGCUCAAACCUCUCAAACCUCAAUCCUGCUCUUAAUUAAAAUACUACUCUUGUACGAUUGAAGUCCAUACUCUAAACGAAGCAAGGCAUUUGAAGCUCUCUGCUUUAUGAUUUGGAAUUCAGUAUGUAUGAUCACACGCUUGUGAUCCCUUAAUUAGAAACUUCUUGAAGUAGCCGUUUUUUUCGUAAUUUCCACCGAAAUACUCUGCUCAAUUUUCUCUCAUUAAUUUCCUUUAUAGAGUCUUCAUAUUUUAAAGUUAGCGAUACAAUUUCUCUCUGAAAGCAUUUAGCCUUUUUUAUGCCUUUGCUAUGCAACAUAAAAAAUUCUCUGUUUGAGAUCGUCUUUUCUUCCGCAACAGAACUAAGCAACGCCAUUUCAGUUCAAUUCAUCUUACUUACUAAGUAACGUGUGUGCAAUGUUUCUUCUAUUAACUCUUAUGCGCUUUAAUAUUCGUUGUGGAUAAAAGUUUCGUUGCAUGAAACUCGUUGGAAUAUAUAGUAGGUUAUAUAGACCCUUUAUUUGAUGUUAUAGUAGAUCUGAUAUCAUAAGUGUUGUAAUGUGACGUAUGUUUGUCUAAAGAUUUAGGUACGGGUGAUCAAUAUAGCUAUCCCUGUUCUCUUCUUCCAAGGUAUCUUCAUUUCUAAAAUUCCUGUGUUCAAAAUAAAUGAGUACUAGAUGUCCCUUUCCCCUGUGGAUUUCCCUGGAUUUCCUUGAAAUGUCCUUUUCAUAGUUAGCUGCGCUUUCAUGCCCUUUCUGGAAUUUUCCAUGCUCUGGAACACGUUAUUUGAAGAAUCUCUUUGUAAUUCAUCAGUUUUUGAACUUUAUAAUUGUAAUUUUUUAACGUAUGCUCUGGACUUAUUAAUGAAAAGCAUGAUUAAAAAUCAUUUUCACGUUAAAUUAUAAUUAUGUGGCACUGUAGGUUAAGUUAAUUCGCAUGUUGGAGAAUCUUUUAUCAAUUCGUGCGGUUUCUAUCUCCAAACUAAAGCAAAUUAAACUGUAUUGAAUAAAUUGCACUACUGAUUCUUAGUUCUAGGUACAAAGCUACUAGCAGAGGCUCACUCACAUUAUUUCCAUGAAAACUAGUUGAUUAUUCUUGCCCUAUUAUGUACCUACUUAUUUAAUUUAUUAACAUCCUGUUGUUAUUGAUAGCUUUAUUAUUGUUGAUCGUGAAACGCGCUGUAGAUAUUCCGCAGGUAAUACAGCUAAUUAUAACAUUAGAAUAAUUUCUUUCUCUGAUAUUAUUAUCUCUAAGGUAAUCCCAUUACUUUAAUCCUGCUACUUUACUCCGUAGUAUUACUGAACACUAACCUCUUGACGCUACUUUACCGAAGAGUAUGCUAAUAUACUUGCUAGCUGUUGUCGUAGGCAAUUAAUUGUCGAGGAGUGAAAUAAUAAUUUCUAAACAUUCCGUUACCCUUUAGAUAACAUUAAUAGUUGAUAGUUAUACCCUCGUGUUUUCGUGGAGAGUUAACCAUGUAGAAUAGACGGCCGAUGUCGUUAUACGUGUACAUGUUAUUCUUCGAUACGAGAUUAAGUCUCUGGGUCGAACUUAAUUCAGUCGGAAAUCGAAAUACUGGAUCUUGAUAUCUGAAAACGAACAUAAAAAUUAUUGAAGAGAAACCUUGAUCUGGAGUUUGAAGUGAACUUUUACGGGCUAAUUAAUUACCUUGAGCUGGAGAGACUUGAAGUAAGCUUGCGUAGACGUUUAUGCCGCUACUCUGGAAUGAUUUUAGUUCUCUUAGAAAGUUGUGAAUAUUUUAUCUCACGUGUACCAUGCCGGUUGCUUGUGGAAAUGAUGAACAUUAGUUGCCUAAUAUUGGGUCAAAUUACCUAUUUCAAUUUGACACUCUUUGAUCAUGAAGUUGAUAAAACAUUCAUUUUUAUUGAGGCUAAUAUUCUGUGAAUUAAAUUAGCUUUUAAUGGUUUUCAUGCAUCAGUGUGCUGAUCUGUAUAGACUCCUGUAUGGCAAGCUAGGCAGAUCUGAUGGUAUAUUUAAGAGGCUGAAUUCUAUGUCUGAAGUCGUGAAAAAUUGAGUGUUUCGCUUCCUCGUCGCAUAACGUAAGUGUGCUAUCGAAACUUUGGUGCCAACCUACACUAUUUCUUGUAGAUUUCUUCAGUGGAUAAUCUUGGAGUUUUUGUUUACUUAAGUGCGAGUAAUUUCAUGGAAUCUUUCUCACUUCUCAGUGUGUCGUGAUCAGUGUGACCAUGUAUACAACAUGAGCUGUAACACGACAUAUUUAUAACUACGGCACUUCACGUAGAUAUACAAUUUUGUGUGUAAUAUUAACACAUCCAUGUUGUGUCAACCAUUUUCAACGCUGCGUGUACUUUGAUUCACUGCAUUCAUCGUAAAGUAACGAAAUGCAGCCAGCGGGUCAACGUUACUUACGGUGGUUAGGAUAUUGGCUAGCAUGGCUAUUGGAAGCAAAUCUUUGAUUUUCAUCUUUAGAAAACGACAAUCUAAAAUUUAAUUCUAAGUCGGUGUACUAUAUCAUGCUAUAUUCAUUUGGUAAUUUUCAAAUAGAGAAGUUUUCUAUUCUAAAUGUAUUUAAUUUAUUUGUUCGCAGCUAUUGUAACCACACGCACCAACUAUUUUCACAUUUCCAUUACUGUUCCGUUUUUUCACAUGUCAAUUGAUUUCAUCAAUAUUUUUGUCACUGGUGAAUAAUAUCGAUGCUGCAUCAUUUUUGUACACCUAUGGUUUUAAGUCAUCAACCUAUUGAUUUUCAUUUCAAGUUCCUCAGCUUUAGUGCAACUAAUUCAGCUCCCACGUUCCAUUGGUAAUUAAUAUUGUAAAUUGAUAUGUUUCAAUGUUACUCCUGUUAUGUCAUAGCUUUUCUUCAACAUGUUUGACUAUCUUUUAACUUAACGCUCCAAUAAAUUACUUGAUAUUCCCUUCGGAUGACGUUUUCAAUUCUUAGUGUGUUCACUUAUAUUGAAUGCGCAAGCGCCUUUGAUUAUUUAUAUCAAAUGUCAAACAUUUUACAACUUUUUCUCAUGAAAAUUUCAAAUGUUUUGAUGCCCGCAAGUCAAGCCGUGGUUGAGGAGAUAAAAUUCUUAACUAUUAAUUUACAUGGUUUACUCCCUGUAAGGCGAGCCGCUUGCAAGUUAUCAAAGGAGAAGAGUAUAAACGUUAUAUUUCUGUAAAACAUACGAAUCGCUUUAUAAAUACGUUCAUUUGCGAGAGUUCGGAAUUCGUAAAUUUUUCGUUCCAGUUGUAAACAUAGUUUAUUUUGCUAUAGUUUUUAUACUCCCUUGUUUGCAUAUUUUCCCAUUGUUUAUAUUUUCACUGCAAUCUUUUAUUUUAAUUCGUUACUAUCGUACUUUCCCUUCUCGCUAACUUUAUGAGCACUUUUAAUUCAAAUUGUAAAUAAGAGAGAUACGAUUUACGCGGAUACUGUUCACUAAUAAACUUGAAUCCUUGUGAA